AUGGCAUUAUUACACGAAGCCUCGCCGCUGCCGAGGACAAAGAACAUCAGUCUGGCAGUCGACGGCUUCAAGUUGCACAUCUACUGCGAUUUGUCGCGGGACUAUGGUGCCAGUACCAGCAAAAAGACUAACGUCAUUGCCAGUUCUAGCGGCAACAAGGCACUUGGUUGCACCAACGCUUUUUUAGGAAUCAAUGUCUUUUGCAAAAAUAUGGAUGCUCGAAGGUUAGACGAAGAGGCAACCGCUGAACUGCGCGAGAUGACGCCAAUGGGGAGCCAUUGCGAGUGGUGUGUCAAGGGGAAGACACUUUGCAUUGUGAUCGACUUUAAGAACCUUGAUGAAAAGACGGCGUCUUCUGGGAAGUCGGUGAUACUUGCCUCUUCGGGGGGGAACAAGCCGGUUGGGAGGACAGGUAUCAUGUGCGGGCUGAACUGUUACAUGCCCCUUGGCAGGGUUUUAGAGGUGGAUAAGUUGGAACACAUUCUCGACAAAGAUGUCGUUGCAGUGGGUAGCACAGUAGACAUCGGCGAGGGGUUCGUCUUGAAGAUGGAUAGUGAUACACAGGCCACGGUGCAUUACGAGUGCUUGCGAAGGGGCGAAGUGGGACCAAAGUCGAUGUCGCCUUUUACCCUUAAUUCCGAAGUGGCCCUCUCACUUCUGCUCAAAAUGAGUAGUAAGAAGAUGAAGGCUGAAAAUACAACAGAUAAAAAGGAUGACGGAUUUUUUGUACUGCCCAUGGCAACAAACCUGCUGGUGCGCUGCGAGACUGACGAUGACGACGAAUCUGCCGGUACCAUUUCCCUCGAUGUCCGCUUCGACCCCACACAGUCCCACGGUCCUUCAGCUACAGGUAAAUCCAUAAUAGUGUCCUCAUCGGGUGGCUGGUGCAGCGUUGGCCACGGACUAUCCAUAAGCUUCAAUGCAUACAAAAUGGCGGAUGCCUUAAACUCAUUCGAGAUCCCACGAGCUGUUGAGAAAGUGCUUGAAUCACGUUCCCACGAGGAGUUUGCAUCGAUAUCCUUCAAGACUGUUCUGACAGAAGUCUCAGAGCUGUUGGGGUUGAAGGAAGUCGUGGAUUCUGAAAUGAAGGAGGAUAUAAAGAACGCUGUGAUGGAAUACGUUCGGAAGCAAAAAUAUUUAAACAAGACCUUUCCUUCCCAUUACGCAGAAGAAUCAGUAUGA